AAACGCUUCUGAAGACUACCCUAUCGAUUUUUAAGAAUACCAAAAGCGUAUAGCAAACUGUAUAUUGCUGUCAAAACGCUUCUGAAGAAUACCCUAUCGAUUUUUAAGAAUACCAAAAGCGUUCGUUAAACCGAAUUUCGUCUUGGUCCCGUGUGACUUCGGGAAAUGUUUUCAUUAGCCAACCAGAGUGAGUAGGUGCUAUCGCUAAGAAGGUAGGGGGCUUUUUUCACUCCCAUUGAUAUUCACUGUAUGAUUAAUAGCUACAAUCAUUGCCAAAAUACUUGGCACGAUGGCACAUUUUGGCUAAUACAGAAAAUGGCUUUCCUCUGUCGUGCUCUCCCCCUCCCCCCUGUACAAUGUUGUCGUUCCCUGAACGAAAGUUGGUACCCCUGAUCAGACUCACAAACCCUCUGCCAACUUGCAGGAACCCCAACAUUGUACGGGGGGAGGGGGGUUUCGUCCUAGGUAGUAUUUGCGAAGUACCCUCUUAAUACUGAAAUCUGUCAAGCGUGCCAACUAAUUAUGGCAAUGAUUGUAGCAUGUCUCCUUGUUCUGCUCCCACUUCAGAAUCAAGUACUUCGCCUCAACAAUAUCAAUUAAUUGUUCGUCACGCACGCUAUCAGACAAACCACAAGCAAAAUUGAGAAAUACAUCAGGUUGUUGGUAUCUACUAAAAUAAUGUGGUGCAAUUUCGAUUCGGACUUUCAUUAUUACAUGCGGGCCAUCAAUAGCAUCCACGACUUAAUAGGUAAAUCAGUGAAAUCCGCAAAGCUUUUUAUCGAUGAAUUAACUUCGAAAUGGGUCUUAGGCAAUUUUUGCCCCAAGGAUAUUACGAAUGACGUCAUUUUGAGUCGUUUGGUAUGGAGUCAAAAUUUUGUUUUGAUUCUAGUGGCCGGCCCAUGUGUGUGAAUCAAACAAAUUGACCUACUAGGAAUAUUCAACGGUGAAAAAAGUCAAUACAUCUUACUCUCCUUCUAUGUAAGUAAAACCAACGCCUCUGGAAAUUAAAUUCAACAAAAAACAAAAAACAAUAAGACUACAUCCAUAGAAUGGAAUAUCCAAUAUUCAACAUAAGCCAGAAAAAUCUAUUGAUUUGUCAAAAUAUUUACACGCGACUACCAAAAUAUUCCCUCAUAUACCACGACUUCGGGAUGCAACUUCACAGACCAAUAAGAACGAUUGUAAGAAUAAAUUAGUCUAGCAACCAAUCACAGUCUAUUACAUACAACCUUACAAACAAAGUGGGGGUCAGAACAAGGAAAUUGCGCUGGUUGACAUACCGUAUAAACCAGACUUAAAGUCGAGCACCACGAAGGCUAGAGAUCGAAGACUAGAGACAAAACUUACCGGCAAAAAAAAAAUCUCACACAAAACCACCGAUAAAGAUACAACAGAGAUAUAUUGAAAGGAAAGCAUUACAGCUAGUGGGAAAAAAGACUUUGGAUCCAGUUUUCCGACUGUGUUGCUGAAAUUAUGGAGGAAGAAAAAACAAAGAGUCAAGAAAGGUCCAAGACGUGUCGAUGCUCACCACACUCCUUAUGGGUAACCUUCAGUACCAUGUACAUCAACAUAAUAUCAAGGUGUUUUGGUGUACUUGGAACAGUCUUCUCCCGCCAUCCAUGCUUGACUCUUGCUGUCAGUUUCGGUUUUGUUGGACUUUGUUCAGUGGGCUUCUACUGGAUGAAUGCAGAAAACAGAGUGGAAAAGCUUUUCAUCCCUCGGGACAGUCGCGCCAUGAAAGACAUGGACAAAGCCAAGAUAAACUUUCCCAUGGAAAGCAGGAUAGAAACUGUUAUAUUUGAACCCAAAGAGCCUGGUCAAUAUGUGCUGAGCAAAGCUUGUCUCCUUGACGUACUAGCUGUACAUCAUGAAAUCAUUAACACUAAACCUUAUCAAGAACUAUGUCUUUCUCAACCAUCCACCAAUAACUCGCCUUCUUUCUGUCUCUUCUUGAACCCUUUAGACUUACUGCAGUUCAACCAGUCGCUUUUCUCCAAUGCUACACGGAAGUUUGAAGAAGCUUUCAGAAAUAAAGGGUUAAUGAUGCGUAAUGGACGUCCAUUUUGGUACAACAUGAGAAUAAUGUUUGGUGGACUGGACAUUGAUGGUGUGUCUGGAGAGAUGUCGAAGAUUGAUGCUCUACAGGUGCUUUAUUUUAUGAAAGACGGUAAAACAGAACCGGAAGAGGAAAAGAUUACAAACUGGGAAAAAAAUGUGGUUGAGAACAUAGAAAAGUUGGGAGAUGCUCUGUCAUGUGUGAAGGUAUACGUCAAUGUGCAAAGAAGCCUAGAUGAUGCCAUACAAGAAAGUGCAACAAGUGACGUUGCGUUUAUCGGUAUAAAUUACAUGUUGUUAUUCUCGUUCGCUUGUUUUAUGCUGGGAAAGUUUAGAAACCCUUUGACAGGACACAUGCUACUUGCUACCAUCGGUAUAUGUGCUGUUCUUCUCGGGAUUCUCGCGGGAUUCGGGUUUUCCAUGUUUGUCCAAACACCAUUCACAAGUGUAGUUGGAGCUUUACCGUUUUUAGUUGUUGGUAUUGGAAUCGAUGAUAUGUUUGUUAUCAUAGAUGAACUGGACCGCAUUGGACCACAAUUAAGUGUGACUGAUACAGUUAAAGUUGUUAUGGCGAACUCUGGAGCAACUAUCACCAUGACAACCAUGACAGACCUUGUGGCUUUUGCUGUAAGCACGUGGUCUGACCUGCCCGUUAUACAAUAUUUCUGUUUGUAUGCUGCCAUGGCGAUAUUCUUUGCAUACUUGAUGAUUAUUACGUUCUUUGUUGCCAUGAUGACGUUUGAUGUUCGCAGAGUGAAAGCAGGACGUCGAGACUGCUUUCCAGUCUGUCGUGUUCCUCCUCCAAAAGAAGGUGCGCCAGCGUGGGACGAGCCUCGUACCCAGACCUCUAGCAAGUUAUUGAAAGCAUGGGCCAAAAUACUGAUGAGAACUGAGGUUAAGUGCAUCGUGGUGCUCAUUUCAUUGGGGCUUUUUGGAAGUGGUAUAUUUGGGGCCUUGAAAACCAAUGAAGAGUUUGAUACCAGAUUGUUGGCUAAAGAUGGCUCGCCGUACAUGCUAUUUACAAACGCUCAGGAACGAUAUUUCCCACUGACGAUAGAAGUGAGUAUCAUACUUGAUACAGAAGUCAACUACACCAGCCCAGAAACACAGAACGAAAUCAUACACUUGUCAAGGAUAGCUUCACAGAACUCGUUCUAUGAAAAAACAACUUUGUCUUGGAUGGAAACACUUGCUGCAUUCUCGAAGAAAAGAGGUUUGAGUCUAGAAGGAAAACAUUUUAUGACAACACUAAGAACAUUCCUAAACAUCUCAUCAUUUGCUCAUUUCAGAGAAGAUCUACGAUUAUCGGACGAUAAACGAACAGUCAGAGCGUCUCGUAUUCUUUGCUACAUGAAAAAAUCCUUGAAUUCGAUUGGUCAGCGAAAUGCCAUGGUAACGCUUCGAGAAGACCUGCAAAACGGCUCGCUGCUUCCAGCGUAUGCAAUCUCCAAGUCGUUUAUUUUCUUUGAACAGUAUACAAGAAUAUUAAAAGCAACAAUAAUUAAUUUGGUGAUCGCGUCUAUUGCUAUAUUACUGAUUACUUACCCUUUCCUGGUAAAUUUUAGUGUGACUAUCAUGGUGUUCUUUGGGUUCGUAGCGUUGGUGUUCGAGCUGUUUGGGCUGAUGUACAUCUGGAACAUAUCACUACAUGGAGUGUCCAUGAUUAUUCUGGUUAUGGCCAUUGGAUUCGCUGUGGACUAUAGUGCGCAUAUUGCGCAUGCGUAUGUGAUGUCAUCCAAGAAAAGCGCCGAGGAGAGAGUGAUAGACGCCUUGAGGACUUUAGGUGCAAGUGUGCUGAUGGGAGGGACAACUACUUUCAUUGGAAUGAUCAUGUUGGCCUUCGCCUCGUCAGAACUCAUCAGAAUCUUUUUCAAGAUGUUUUUGGGUAUCGUGUUGCUUGGUCUUCUUCAUGGUCUUUGCUUUCUUCCUGUCUACCUCACCAUAUUCUGCCGCGGUUCUUCAUUCAAAACAAGUGACGUUGCAAACAAGAUCGAACCUGAUUUGGCUGAGUCAACAGAGUCAGCUGGCGUUACCCAGCAACCACGUAAAAACAAUAACGUCGUCGCGUCAUAUGACAACCCAGUGGUAACGACUGAACAGAAUACAGCCUAGUUACCAGAUUCAUGCAUCCAGAAAUUCCGAGAUUGAGAAAAAGGCUGGGUCGAAUUGGCAUUGCAGUGCAUUGUGGGACUGUUUUAGGGGAUAAAAUAGACGCCAUCUUUAAAAUAUGCUCUCUAAUUCAGUCCCAGAAUGCACUGCAAUGCCAACUCGAUCCAGUUCUUAUCCUCAGCCGUGAAAUGGCCGUAAUAUAACGUACCCAAGUAUGCACUUGCUUCAUAAUCCAUAUUUCUGAAAGAUAAGCACUUAUUGUUCAUGGAAACAAAAUAAUCAAACCUUUUUUAUGUCUUUAAUUUAGAAAAAAAUGCGAAUAUUUUUCAAAUGUUUCAACGUUUGAAAAUUUAAAAAAAUCGCGAAUUUUAGUGGUAGGCGAGCGCUUACUUGCAGAUAAUGAAGGCAGAGACAAACAAUUGCUUGCGAGACUCUAACAAAUCACGUUAUUUUGAAAUAAUUUUUCCGCAUUCUUUUUUGUGCUUUGGUUGUUUUUUCUGUCUAUCGAACAUACCAAGUCACCGGGAAGCGAGCCAUGUUGACAAAUUCAACGUUACCGCGCAUAUGCAGACUAUUAUUUGCAGAAAAACAGCCUUUGCAUCAUUAUGCGCAUGAGCAGAAUAUCAUUUGUAGGUAGUUGCCAAUCAAAACGACGGAAAGAAUAAUUUGAAUGAUAACGCUUUUUAUUUUGCAAAAAAGUUUUGAUUUUAGGAAUUUUAAAACUUUUGAUUGUCAAUUUACGUAUUUAAACGUAUGAAAUAGUUCGAAACCUCGUAUGUAAAGAAAAUCAAGAUGGAAUAUUUACUAGCGAAUAGGAUUUUUAUGCACCCUCUAACUUCCAUUUGUUCAUGUUUUUAUAAUAUAAUCAAUGCGUUAUAAUAAUUAUGGCUAUAUGGUUGCCAUUCAUUGAUAUGUGAUAGCAGUCACGUGUUUAUGGUCAGCGGACAUACAUCACUUGAACAAGGCCCCCCUUUUAUGUUUACCGGCCUUGUUCACGUGAUGUACCCUUGGGAGCACAGUUGCCUCGAACAUCCAAACCAUCAACUGGUAGCUUUUUCCCUCCCAGCCCUCACCUUUGGUGGGCCAGAUGUUAACAUUUAGAGAUUGAAAGUAUUGUAAUUGAUUGAUUGAACUUAUUGACUUAAUAAACCAGUUUUGGAUUUUUAACCCAUAGUCUUUAUCGUUCAAUCCUGCCUUAAUCAGUGUCUACUUAGCCCAGUAAACCGAGCUCAGGCAAAGCGGCAUGACCAGCACUUAUUUUUAGUAGGGGAAGUUAGAGGGAGAGCAUAAAAAACGUUUGUGUUAAUUUAUGUAGAUAAAUUGAUAAUUUUUAUGUAAUUGGGUUAAGCCAGCAAAAAGAAACACUGCUCAUUACUGUAUGGACUACAAUAUGUAAUUCCUCACUGGUAAUAUUUUUCGAUAAUGUUUCUAUCAGUAAUAUAAUAAACGUAUCCAGUGGACCAAUUAA